GGCCUCAUGGGCCAAAAUAAUACAGUGAAAUGAAUAAACACCCGUCAAGGAAACGGGAGUGGGUAUCGGUGGCCGACGUUGCCCAGUAAUUGUGAAACGGCGGUGACGGUUUAAUUAGUGGAGUGUGUGUCUUGUCUGUACAUAAAGAAAAAAACUAAGGGUUUUCCUCUAUUGCCAUUUGGGAAAGAAGUUGACCCUCCAGUCAGGAGGUUUAGAAGAAUGUCACGGUUCAGAUCAUUGUGGCAAGCCUCGGUGAAUGCAACAAAGAAAGCUCUAACGUGGGAGCUCGAGGAAAUGGUACCGCCUGCGGAGAAGUGUAUAUUCAAGUUCAGUUCAAAAGAAGACCUGAAGAGAUGGCACCUGUAUUCUGAUUUUGAAUAUGGAGGAUUAUCUUCGGCUUCGUUGGAGAUUAAAGAUGGAGGAAAUGGAUCAGAUUGCACUGGUGUUUUCUCUGGGAACCUCUCUACGGAGAUGAACGAAGGUUCAAAGUUGAGUAUUAACCGGAGUGGUUUCUGUGGAAUGCGCUCAAAGAAGUUUGAUGGCUUUAUUGAUCUCGACGGGUAUGAUUCAAUAGCCAUGAGGCUUAAAGGAGAUGGAAGAUGCUACAUAUCUACGAUAUAUACAGAGAAUUGGGUAAACUCGCCAGGACAAGCAGAAGAUAACUCAUGGCAAGCUUUUGUUUUUGCUCCAAAGGGAAACUGGUAUACAGCUAAGGUUCCUUUAACACGCUACUUGCCAACAUGGAAAGGAAACGUGAUUGAUGCAGACAUGGAGAUGAACCCUGGUCGUGUUGUGGGUAUGUCUCUAUCAGUUAACUCACAAGGAGGUGGUUUUAUUGGAGCUAAACUAGGCGCAGGCGAUUUCAGAGUCGAAAUUGACUGGAUCAAUGCAUUGAGAAUGCCAUGAUGAAUGAUGCCGACAAAAAGAAACUCAUGUUCUCUGGUUUGGUUCACUUGUAAAACCGGGAAUUGAGUUAACCGGAUCCAAAUUGGUGGACAAAAGAAAAACGUUUGUGAAAUGACACUUGCAGCAAGUUGUCUUGGCUGUAAUAGAACAAAAAGUCAAUGAAUAAAAUUACAUGGGCCAUAUUAAGCAA